AUGAGUGAUCCACGGGUACGAUCAUUGCAGAUCAGUGAUGGUGAUUUGGAGGUUGCUCAGCUUGAUGAACUCAUAAAGGAAAUAGAACAAAAGAGUCUGUUUUACUACAAAGAGAAAAACAAGUCUUUGAGAGCUCGUUAUGUCUACGGAACCAUCUUCUUGAUUAUAAAUCUAUGCGCUUGGUUCAUCCGCGACUACGCACAAAAGGCUCUGUCUUUGCUCCCAUAUGUGAGUAGUUGCGGACCAGAAGGAAGUCAUUGUUUCAGUACACUUGGAGUACUCCGCGUGAGUCUUGGAUGUUUUAUAUUUUUUCUUAUUAUGUUCCUCUCAACAUGGAACACUAUGAAACUCCAUGAAGCUCAAAACAGUUGGCACUCGGAUAAUUGGAUUUUCAAGUUUCUUCUACUGGUUGUAGCCAUGGUAGCUCCUUUCUUCAUACCUCAGCUUUACAUCCAAAUUUACGGAGAAAUUGCGCGUGUUGGUGCUGGGAUAUUUCUCGGUCUUCAGCUCGUAAGUGUAAUCGAAUUCAUCACUUGGUGGAAUGACUAUUGGAUGCCUCAUGACCAAAGUAAGCAAAGCUGCUCUUUUGGUUUGGUUAUGUCGACAGUUUUCUACAUCGGUUCUGUUUGUGGGAUCGCAGUGAUGUACUACUUCUACGCAGCUUCCACGGCUUGUGUUCUCAAUAUAUUCUUCAUCUCAUGGACUGUUGUUCUUCUAAUCCUUAUGAUCCUUAUGUCUUUGCAUUCAAAGGUGAAUAGAGGACUUCAAUCUUCCGGGAUUAUGGCUUCCUACAUUGUUUUCUUAUGCUGGUCUGCGAUCAGAAGCGAACCUUCGCAUACAAAAUGCAACGCGCAUACUCAGAACGAUCAUACUGAUUGGAUUACAAUACUGAGUUUCCUUAUAGCUAUAGGCGCCAUUGUGAUUGCUACAUUCUCAACAGGGAUAGAUUCAGAGUCCUUCAGGUUCGAGUUUCGUAAAGACGAAACUAAAGAAGAGGAUAAUAUACCAUACAGCUAUGGAUUCUUCCACCUUGUGUUCUCCUUAGGAGCAAUGUACUUUGCUAUGUUGUUCAUCAGCUGGAACCUCGCACAUUCAGCCCGGAAAUGGAGCAUUGAUGUUGGGUGGACAAGCACAUGGGUAAAGAUAGUGAACGAGUGGUUUGCCGCAGCGAUAUACCUUUGGAAGUUGAUUGCUCCUAUUGUGAGACAACCUAGAAUUCAUGAACAACCUCAGCCAACAACAGGAGAAGUAAGCAGAUAG